AUGGUACACAGCCAAAGAGACCAGAGCAAAGACCAGCUCAGGAAAAUUAAACCCAGCUGUCCAACAGUCAGACAACUCCGAAUACUGGUCCAUGGACCAGUGGGAGCUGGCAAGUCCAGUUUCACCAACUCCAUUGACAGCAUCUUCCAGGGACGCAUGAUGGCAGGAGCUGCUGUAGAGUCAGCUAAUGCUGAUGGUAGCUUCACAAAAAGAUUUCAGAUUCUUAACAUCAACGAUGGACAGCACGAAUCAUUCCUGCCAUUUGCCUUCUGUGACACGAUGGGUCUUGAAAACGAGCCAGAGAAAGGAGUUGUGGCAGAGGACCUGGUCAAAGUCUUAAAGGGACACAUCAGAGAUGGUUACAUGUUUAACCCUACAAAAUCCUGCUCCGACAAAGACCAAGGGUACAACAGCUAUCCUACGCUGGCUGACCGUAUCCACUGCAUGAUCUGUGUCAUACCGUCCACUACCAUCUCCAUGAUGGAAGAUGACAUCAUUAAGAAGAUGAGGAGUGUCCGAGCGAAAGCUGCAGACAUGAGGGUUCCUCAGGUGGUGGUCUUGACCAAAAUUGACAUGGCAUGUCAAAAUGUGGCCAAAGACCUCCAGCUUGUCUAUAAAAGCAAGACGAUCAGGAAGAGGAUGGAGGAGUGCAGUAAUCGACUGGGAGUACCCCUGAACUGCAUCUUCCCCAUCAAGAACUACCAUGAGGAGAUCGCCCUGAAGAAUGACGUCGACGUGCUGCUGCUUUCUGCAAUGAACUUCAUCCUCAACUUUGCCAAUGAUCACCUGGCAGCGGCGUCUAGGGAUGGGCUUGAUUUUGGGCCCAGGAUGAGCUUAGCCAGAGAUUUGUCUAGCAUGGAGCACAGUUCCUCUAGCAUGGAGCAUGAUGUUAACUUCAGAAGUCAAGCUCCCUCUGGUGGAGAUACAGGAAAUAGGAGUGAUAGCUCCAAACGACAAUCUGCUUCCUUCCCUGUAGUUCCUCGUCCAUGA